AUGGCAUGCAGAAGAGGUCUGGGUUUGUUUAUUCGUUGUUUGCAACGCCGUCAACAUUUUUUGAUACAACCUUGCAGUGUUCUUUCUACCAUUCGUUGUUUUCAUGCUAGUAAAACGAUCAGAGAGGUAGUUACUCCUCAACGCUUUGAAUUUCAAGCAGAAACGAAGAAUUUGUUGGGUAUUGUGGCGAAGUCACUUUACUCAGACCAAGAGGUAUUCAUCAGGGAGUUGAUAUCAAAUGCAAGCGAUGCUUUAGAAAAAAGGCGAUGCAAACAUUUGGAAUCGAAUCAAGAUGCAGACGUUGCGUACGAAAUUAAAAUAACUGCAGAUGAAAGUGCUCGAUUAAUCGUUUUCGAAGAUAAUGGAAUUGGUAUGGAUAAGGAUGAUCUAAUGAAUUGUCUGGGAACUAUUGCUAAAUCAGGCUCGAAAAAAUUCGUAGAAGAGCAAUCUUCGCAAGGUCGUGCAUCGUCGGCUGAAAGCAUUAUUGGCCAGUUUGGUGUUGGUUUUUACUCAGCAUUUAUGGUAGCAGAAGAUGUUACAGUCAAAACUCGCAAAGAGGGAAGUGAUAAAAGCUAUAUGUGGAGGUGGAAUGGCGACGAUACAUACACGUUAGAGGACAUCGAAUUUGCUCCUGUUGGAACACUAAUCGAAGUUAAGCUUCGUCCAGGUGAUGCAGCUGAAUUUUCAAAAAAAGAUAAAGUUGUAGAAGUGAUCAACAAAUAUUCUUACUUUCUUACUGUACCUAUAACGGUAAAUGGAGAACGGAUAAAUGCAAUGAAUGCGAUUUGGACAAUGAAUCCGAAAGAUGUGUCUGCCGAAAUGCACGAUACCUUCUUUCGACAGAUCGCCAAAACUCAUCUGCCUCACAUGGCAAAUGAUCGACCGCAAUAUACUAUUCAUUACAAGGCAGAUGCUCCAGUAAAUGUCAGGUCGUUGCUUUAUGUACCUUCUCACAAUGUAUCACAGUUCGAAUUUGCUAGUUCAGCUGACCAAUAUGGCGUAUCCUUAUAUGCUCAGCGAGUCCUCAUCAAGGCGAAUGUCAAAGAUCUGUUACCCAGAUAUUUACGUUUUUUGGUUGGUGUAGUUGAUUCAGAAGAUAUUCCAUUAAAUUUAAGUCGAGAGAUGUUGCAAAUGGAUGCCGUCCUUGUGAAGUUGCGACGUAUUCUUACUGACAAAGUGGUAUCAUACUUCGUCCAUGAGAUGAAAAAAGAUCGAAUAAAGUAUAAGGAUUUUUAUAAUGGCUACUCAUUAUAUUUCAAAGAAGGAGUUUGCACCGAACCUGAUCAAAAUAUUAAAGAGCAAAUUGGUUCGCUGUUACUGUUUGAAUCAUCAAAUUUGAAAGCAGGAACAUAUUCGUGCUUAAGUGAAUACGUAGAGCGGAUGCAAAAAGAUCAAAAUGAAAUUUAUUAUUUAUUCGCACCAAGUCGUCAGUUAGCAGAACAUUCUCCAUACUAUGAGAUGUUCAAAUCAGCUAACAAAGAAGUUCUCUUUGCAUACGAUGCAGCUGAUGAAGUGUGCUUGUUAGCGAUGCAACAAUUUCGGAUGAUGCCUAUUAAAUCAGUGGAAAACUGGACUCGUAGUGAAGCGAAAGAUAAUGCUCAAGCUACUACAACUACCGUACGUGAUGUUGACAAGAAAGAUCUGUUAGAUUGGAUGAAGACCACUUUGGGAAGUGUAAAAGUUAACGAUAUAAAGAGCUCAAGUGCUACAAGUGAGCAUCCUUGUAUGAUUACUGUUGGUUCAGAAAUGGGUGCUGCCCGUCAUUUUCUUCGUAUUGGGCAAGUCAAAGAUAUCGAGCAUCUGGCUUUUUUGAAGCCUACUCUUCAUGUUAAUUUGAACCAUCCAAUCAUUGUAUCACUAAUCAAAUUGCAUAAAUCAGAGCCAUCAGUAGCGGUCCUUAUCGCUGAACAAAUUUACGAUAACGCGCUUGUAACUUGUGGUUUGAUGAAAGAUUCAUCGAAAAUGGUUGAUCGCGUGAAUCGAUUGCUAAGUGAACUUUUGAAACCGAAGUCCUCAAUACUUACUCCAUAA